AUGACCAUCAUGGGAAGGCAGUUGUCGCUAGGUGUUCGUCGUAUUGGAACCCUCUACUCCGCGUCAUAUCGUCUGCUAUCAACAAAUCAUGGGUUUGCUGUUUCGAAACCUGGUUACCGGAGAUUAGGCUUUUCCCCGGUGGCGACGUCUCGGUAUAAUUUACGUCCUGUGACACUCUUGAGGUUUCACAGGAGUAAAUCUGACAAGGCUGAGAGCACUGAAAAGACUGAAAGGGCAGAAACAAUCUUGCAAAAAGCAGAAACUCAGGAGUUGUUGCCUAUCAAAGAUGGCCCAAGUACUCUGCUUGCUAAGCCUGAAGACAGCGAAGUUCCCAAGCCUACUCUUUGGGAGAAAGUCAAGCAUGAGGUUCAGCAUUACUGGGAUGGUACCAAGUUACUCGGUUACGAAAUGAAAGUGUCUACAAAAUUGCUUUUCAAAUUAGCCGCAGGAUACGAAUUGUCCAGAAGAGAGAAAAACCAGUUGCAACGUACUAUGGUCGAUGUGAUCAGAUUGGUUCCCUUUUCCAUGUUUGUGCUUAUUCCGUUCGCUGAAUUGCUCUUACCUGUAGCUUUGAAAUUGUUUCCCAACUUGUUACCAUCGACGUAUGAAUCGAAGAAGGACCGUAAGGCAAAGAAGGCAAAGUUGUCACAGACCAGAACUUCUACUUCUGAGUACAUUAAGAAAACUAUGGAAGAAUCCGGAUUGAAAUUGUCCAAAAAGAUUAGUGACAAAGAAAGAGAAGCAUUUGUUUCAUUUUUCCAUAUAAUCUCCAACGGUCAGAACCCAUCUCGUGAGCACUUGAUUCAAGUUGCUAGAUUGUUCAAAAAUGACCAAGUGUUGGAUAACUUGUCACGGAACCAGUUGGUAGCAAUGGCAAAGUACAUGUCUUUGAGACCAUUCGGUAACGAUUCAAUUUUGAGAUACCAAAUCAGACAUCGUUUAUUAACCAUCAUCAAGGAUGACAAGGCUAUUGACUAUGAGGGUGUGGAAUCGUUGACUAUCCCUGAAUUGUACACUGCAUGCCAACAGAGAGGUAUUAAAACCACGGAUGUUUCUCCUGGACAUUUGCGAGAGGAGUUGGCUACCUGGUUAGACUUGAGAUUGAGACAAAAAAUCCCAUCGACAUUACUCAUUUUGUCAUCGGUAUACACUUAUGGAGAUAAAUCUCGAAGCACUGAUACUUACUAUGAUGCAUUGUUGGCGGUUUUGUCGUCUAUUCCAGAUGAGGUUUACAACGUUGCCAAGUUGGAAUUAUCGGAUGACUCCAAAUUGAAGUUGAAUAUUUUGAAGGAGCAAGACGAGAUGAUUAACGAGGAGAAUUACCGUGAAAAGGACACCGUCAACAAGGUUAAGGAUGAUAUCAACUUGGACGAGUACGAAGAUACCGCCAGUGAGGGUAUGAAGAUAGAACCAGAAGAGGAGGACAAAGUAGCAGAAAAGGAGGCCGUGAAGAAAGCCGAGGAGUCUAACGAAAAGCAAACAACUCAAAAAUAA